AGCGGAGAGACGACUUAGUUUUUUCUUGGAAUAUAUUUUCCCCUCCAUUAUCUGACGCCAACACACACACACACACUCAAAAAAUAUAAACUCGCAAACACACAGAUGGUGAAGUGUGUGCGUGUGUGUGUGUGAGUGAUGCUGUUACCUUCUCAUAAGGAGUGGUGAAUUAUUUGAAGGAUCUGGACUUACUCAAGCCUGACACACUUGGACUGUAAGAGUGUUUGGAUUCAGCAUCUUUGUAACUUGGACUUACACUGUAGUUACAUGCGAAUUGUAUUUUUAACAGUGCAACACUUUGGACUAAGAGUGUGUAUCCCUGUGUGUGUGAGUGCAUGUUGGGAUUCAGCACUUGACCUGAAUGCAACACUGAGAUUUUGACUGAAACUGCCUUGGCACUUGUUAGUUGCCUGAGUUUGUAAGAUUGGACUCACACCUGGACUCAGUGUUUGUUUGUGUGUGUGAGCAGAAGGAUGUGUUGGCCAGUGACAGCGGUCCUGCUAGCCCACCUCUGGGCCACCUUAACGGGGGCAUGGAGGGCAUCUCAGCCAAGACUACAGUUCACACACUCCGAGCUGAUCCAGAACGGCCGAUUGUUGACGCUGCCCCUGGGGGCCGGAGACCUGCACUCCCUGUUGCCUGACGAAGACGGGAGGCGUCUGUAUGUGGCCGUGAAAGAUAACCUGCUGUCUACCAGUCUGGACGACAUAACGCAGAACCCACGCAAGCUGUACUGGCCAGCCAGUCCGGACCGUGUCCAAGAAUGUCUCAUGGCUGGGAAGGAUCCAGAGUUGGAGUGUGCUAACUUCCUGCGAGUUCUGCAGCCUUUUAAUCAGACUCACCUGUACGUGUGUGGCACCGGGGCCUUCAACCCCCGCUGUGCUUUCAUAGCUACCAGCGUCUUCCAACAGUCAGAGCACCAGACACUCUUCUACAGCCAGACAGAGUGUGGGAAGGGGAAAUGUCCCUAUGAUCCGUUCCAGAAAACAGCCUCAGCUGUCAUUGAUGGAGAGCUGUAUGCUGGGAUUACCUCAGACUUCAUGAGCAGGGAUUCUGCAUUCUUCCGUAGUAUCGGCACCCGUCACGUCAUCCGCACCGAGCAGUACGACUCCACCUGGCUGCAGGAUGCCCAGUUUGUGCGGGUAGUGCCGUUGUCUGAAACUGAUAACCCAGAGGAUGAUAAGGUCUACGUGUUCUUCACUGAGCGCGCUCAGGAGGCAGAGGGGGCUGCUGGGAAGGUGCUUUACUCCAGGGUGGCACGUGUGUGCAAGAAUGAUAUUGGAGGCCAGCGGAGUUUAGUUAAUAAGUGGAGUACCUUCCAGAAGGCUCGUAUGGUGUGUUCAGUCCCAGGACCAGACGGCCUACAGACUCACUUCGACCAGCUGCAGGACAUCUUUAUCCUCCAGGGGAAAGACAAGAAGAACCCUCUCAUCUACGGCCUGUUUACCACUUCAAGUGAUAUUCUGAAUGGUUCAGCAGUGUGUGUUUACCGAAUGGAGGAUGUCGUUCGGGCUUUCAAAGGAAAUUUCCUGCAUAAGGAGGGGCCUCAGUAUAAGUGGGCAGAGUUUACAGGCAAGGUGCCCUACCCACGACCAGGAACUUGUCCCAGUAGUACAUAUGGAAGCUACAGUUCGACCAGAGAGUAUCCUGACGACGUCAUCUUCUUCAGCAGGACACACCCGCUACUGCAGGAAAAUGUGCUACCACUGGGAGAGCGCCCCCUCCUGGUCAGAGUGGGUGCUCACUACAAGUUCAGCAAACUGCUGGUUGACAGAGUGGAGGCCGUGGAUGGCACCUACGAUGUGCUGUUCAUCGGCACAGACUCUGGUCUGGUGCUGAAGGCCAUUCAUCUACCCAGAGAACAUGGCCAGAGUCAGGAGGUCACUCUGGAGCAGCUGCAGGUUUUUCAGCACAAAUCGCCCGUGACAGCCAUGACACUCUCAAAGAAAAAGUGGUUGUAUGUUGGCUCCAAGGAGGGUGUGUCCCAAUUGGCCCUGUACCACUGUGAGCUGUACGGCCAGGCCUGCGCCGAGUGCUGCCUGGCCAGAGAUCCCUACUGCACCUGGGAUGGACACGCCUGCAGCCCCUACAUGCCCACUGUGCGCAGACGGAACGCUCGUCAUUUAGGGGAGGAUGAGGAUCCACUAACUCAGUGUGUCAGACAGGGAGCCGCGCUGCAGGUGGAGGCAGAGCAAAGGGUGAUGAUGGUUGCUGAGGGUAACAGCACCUACCUGGAGUGUCUGCCUCGAUCCAGACACGCUGCCGUUACCUGGUACAAACAGGCUGGAGAGAACAGUCCUGAACUAAACCAGGUGGUAACAGGUGACCAGCUGGUGGUUAUCGAGCGGGGUGUGCUAAUUCGUCGAGCCGAGCUGUCUCACGGCGGCGUCUAUCACUGCCAGGUUGAGGAGCAUGGCUACCACUGGACCGCCGUCACCGUCCGCCUCACCGUCUGGAGCCCCUCGGCCAAUCGCCUCCUUGCUUCCUGGUCCAGCUCGUCUUACCAAAGCACAGGAACCCAGCCCUGGUACGAGGACGUGAUGGCCCUGAUUCACCCGGGAAACCUCGGCCAGCACUGCAGGGCUCUGGGAUACCGGCCCCCGCGCAACCACCGUCGCCACGGUGACAUCAUAAUGGAGCCGAACAAGGAGAAAGAGAGAGGGGAGAGGCACAAGCACGGGGGAGGAGGGGGAGGAAGAGCAGCAGGGAGGAAGAGCAGGAGCAAGCCCCAGCAGAGGGCACCGAGGAGCACUUGAAUGUGUCGCGGAACAGGAGGGUGGAUUUUCAGUGACUUAAACACACACACACUUAAGUUAACGCACACACUAAAACACACGUGCACACAAACGCACAUGUACGCACACACACACACACACACACACUUAACUUAUACACUGAGACACACACAUACUCUAUGUACAGAGACUACAACAUGCGCAUGCACUUAUCUACAAACAAAAAAGGCAUCCUUUCAUCAUAGUUACAAUCUUUUAAACUAAGCUACACACAAACAACUGAAGUAUGUACAUGAGGAUGUGAUUGUUUCACCUGGACAAAGAUUUAGUAGAAAAGUAGAACACAUUAGGUUGCAAAGCAUGCUGAAUGAAGGAUGAACAGCAUGUCCAGAUCACUCAGUUUGACUGACUCUAUGUUGUGACAAGGACAUUUAAAGGGAUGUUUUGGGUUUGGAGCAACUACAUAGGAAAAAAUAGUCUUGUUCCAAAAGUUCAGCAGUAAAAAAAAAGAUCAUCCAACCUUUCUGAAAUGAUUGCUGUCUUAAAGGACCACCUUACUCUCUUGCACGUUUUUGCCAAUGGUAAAAAAAUCACAUACUGCCAAUUAUUCUCUAAAACAGAGCAGAUAUUUUUAGAUCAAUUUCCUACCCUUUAGGCAGACACUGGUUUCCAUUAGUUUCAGUAUGCUUCUAAAAUCAUCAUGCAGAAACUUGAAGAAUGCUUCAGAGCUGUUGCCUUUUUUUCGUCAAAGUCAUGUUACUGCAGUUGCAAGAAGCAUUUUUCAAGCUUUCCUUUGUGUUGCCCUCAAAUUUCGAGGGCACUCCAUCCUCGGAUGAAGAACUGAGGGUCAGCUGCUCAAAAGCAUUUCAUUGACAACAUAUGUUGUUUGAAAGUAAACAAUCAGAAGACAAAGAAGCACACAUGCAUGUGCUGAAAAAGGAAGUGGUUGUUGUAUGUCAACGUGUUUGUAAUGCAGCAACAGCUAAACAAAAAAGAAAGGUAUCUAAAUAUUCUCUUUGAUUGAGGGCCUAUUGAUCUAAAAACUUGGCAUGUUUUGGAAAAUUAUCAGCAGUGAUAGAUAAUUAAAGGGCUUCAGCCUUCAAAAUUAAGUUAUUAGUCAUCAAGGUCAUUGUUUAACAAAGCAGCAACUUUGAGAAAGUAAUUAUUUAGAUUGUGAAUAGCAGUAAUUAGCACUGAUGAGUUUUCUGCAUUUUUUUCCUCUGAUGAAUAUGUAACAUUUUGGGAUGAAAUCCUUCAAGCAGUUCACCUAAAGUUGGAGUUUUGUUGGUUUCUUCAGAUAGGUGGGGUCUGACCGCAAGAUGACUGACCACGACCACAAAGAUGAAAGGCAGAGGAAGGCACGAUGACGGCUUUGAUGAGGUUACAGAUCUACUUUCCCAAGUCAUUAGUGUUCUGUGUUGCAGCCGUAUAAACACACUGCAGGAGAUGUUUCCAAUAUGCUCUCCUCAACGUUUUUUAAGUAAUGUUAGCUGGUAAGGUUUACAGGCUUAGCUGGCACUGCUUUUAUGCCACACAGCAGAGAGCUGUUUAGUAUAGGUGUGGGGAAGAAGUGAACAGAAUUAAGGUGGAUCUGGUUUGUCUUAUAGUGUCAGAGAAAAUGCUCAAUCCUGCUUUGAGCAUUGCUUUUGUUUGCCUGGAGUCUCAUAUGCGUACAGUGUACAGAUUUAGGAAACAUGUUAAGGUUUAUUUUAUGAAUGACAAAAAUAACGUCUGCACAUCUACAAAUCUUGAUUUUUGCUACGUAUGUGUAGGGGAAGAAAUAGUGUUGCUGCUAUUAUAAGAGGCACAGUCAAGGCUUUAUAGUAACUUAAAAAAAUCCUCUUGAUAUUCAUGAUUGAAUGUGUUUUAAAUGGUUUUAAAGAGUCGUAAUUAGGGUCAGUACUACCAGACAGGUUUUUUUAAUUGGUAGUGUUUAAAAUCAUAUUUCUAUCUAGUAAAAACUCAAUAUUUUGUGGCUCUGUAUCUAUCGAACAAAAAAAAAGUUUUGCUGUAACGUUUUUCGUGACAGUCAACUCAGCACACUGAACCAUCUAAAAAGAUUUUCAGUAAUGUUUGAUACAAAAUGGACAAGAAAACACAUUUCAAAGAGGACCGAACUAUGAACUGAACUCCCAAGAGACUCUGUACAGAACAUGCAUGUUUCUCAAACUAUGGCUCAGGACCAAAAUGGGCCGUUGGUGACCUUGACUGGAGUAAUAUGUUGGUGGUCCUGCAGCUCCAGCUGAUACUGACAUCUAGCUGUAAAUCAUGAAGCAGACCUGUUGUAUAAUAAAGAAGCCUUAAUUAUACGAAGUUGAGAAAGUUCUAAACUGGACUGGCGUUAAACAGGACUGUCAAGUGGAUCUGAGCAACUUCAGUGACUUUGCAAUGCAGUAAAUUGUGAUUUGUUCUUAAUGUUAAAAUGUUAAACCAACACAACUUGUUCCAACUCUAUUUAACUUUCUGCUUCGUGGUAUUUAUGUGUUUAAUCUGGAGUAAAAAUGCUUGUUUCAGACGUUGUGAGGUGAGAUUUUUGGGAAACACUUCAAGCUAUCCAUCAGGUCACAUUAAAAUGUGAGUGUGUUUGUUGGUCUUUCUUUGUAUGCAUGUACUGUAUGUUUGUGUACCACACA